UCGGAGAGAUGAGAAAAGUAGGCUUGCUUACUUACUUACUUAAAGAAUACGUCUGUCUUUAAUAGCAUAAGUAUAUACACUCACUGUCUACUUUAAUACGAACACCUGUACGCCUGGACAUUCCUGCAACGAUCCAAUCAGUCAGUCAUAUGGCAGCAGUGCAGUGCAUAAAAUCAUUCAGAUACAGGUCAGGAGCUUCAGUUCAUGUUCCCAUCAAGCAUUAGAAUAAGGGGGAAAAAUGUGAUCUCGGUGACUGUGACCGUGGCAUGGUUGAACUUGGUUGAACUUCAGAACUUGACGAUCUCCUGGGAUUUUCACACACAGCAUACUGUAAGCUGUCGUUUUCUCUCAUCCCAUAGCAAGUAAAAAUCAUUGUGUUCCUGAUUUCUGAAACGAAAAGUUAUCUGUUCAUGGUAAUGAAUCAAGCUAGUAAAAAUAGUUCUACCGUCAACCAGAUCGCACCUCGACUGGCGUGUGUGGCAUGUGUGAUUCAGACCAAUUAGGAGCGUGAUGUAGUUGCAGUGUCGAACAUGCGUGCUAAAGGCAAACUUUUGUUUUUAGGAUUUUUUUUCCCCCUGCGGUUGUUGAAACUGUUUGCCUGCCAGACCGGCUCAUUAUUCAGUUAUUACAAUGAAACUAAUUGGAUAGGAUUGCUACAAGGAUGAAGAAACGAAGUCUGCCAUCAAUCAUCCUUUCAUCAUUCAAGAGUUUUAAUUAGCAUGGAUUCUCAUACGAAUUAGUACGCAGUACAUUCGUUAAAGUAUUAGGGUGUAGUCUGCGAUUUGAGACGCAGCUCGGGUCAUAGGGUCACAUCUUCUGUUUGCUCUGGGGUUUGUUUGAUUCGCGUGGCUGUUAGUAAUGCUGCGCUCUGAUGUUUGAGGGCGUGGUGCCGGCUGAGGGAUGUGAAGGAAUGUGCAGAAUCAUCCUCGCUCGAUCCCAUGAUGGCAGCUGGAACAAUGGCUGCUCUUCAUGGGAACACCCCGGUGCUGCAGGGGUGUCAUCCCUGUGCCCACCUCAAUGAAGCCCAUUGUAAAGAUGUGAGUGUGUGUCUGUGUGUGGACUGAACUUGGUUACAUUUUACAUGUUGCUUUCCCUUUCUUUGUUUCCUGUAAUAGGUGCCCGUUUCCCCUAAUUCAAUUUAAAAAAAAAAAAAAAGGAGAACUAAGAUGCCGGUUUGGGGUUUUUUAAGCUGUCACUUUAAUGAAAAAUGGCUGAGCAGCUAUAAGUGUUCAUUCAGCUGUCGCAGCUGAGCUGGAUUAUAUUGAGCAGUAGCCAUGUGUAUACCAAAUGAAAAAGGCUGUCCUAAAGUGAAUACUUUUUAAACAGAUAAAACUAUUUAAAAUUAGAAUUCUGUUUCUAAAACAUUACGUUGAAAGGAAAACACAUUUUCUGAAGAUAGCUCCAUUUUUGUUUGUUAUGAUUUAACAUUGGUUUGUGAAAUAUUACAAUUAAAAGCCCUUCCUGUUACUCCUUACAAACGAGUGAGCGUAGUCUAAUUAGUCUAUUACUGUCUGGUAAUCCCCUGGCCUGCUGCCCAUUCCACCACUUCCUCCUGUACCAUUUGGCUCCUCCCCCGGUUGGGUGUUCACCAGCCUAUCAGCGACGAGCAGAACGCUCAUCAAAAAAGGUGUUCUUGAACUUGAGUGAAGGUUUCCAACCACUAGAGCCACACAGGAAGUUGGAGACAGGAAGCUGGCGGUUACAUGCUGCCACUUUCACUGUUCCAGGUUUCUUUUUAGAGAAAGAUCUGUGUGGUUUACAAGCGGCUCUCGUGGCAUGACGACCACUAACAAGGGAAACAAAGCCUUGAAGGUGAAGCGGGAACCAGGCGAGAAUGGCACAAGCCUCACAGACGACGAGCUGGUGUCUAUGUCGGUGCGCGAGCUCAACCAGCACCUGCGCGGCCUCUCCAAGGAGGAGAUCGUACAGCUGAAGCAGCGACGGCGCACGCUAAAGAACCGUGGCUAUGCCGCCAGCUGCCGAGUCAAGCGUGUCACUCAGAAGGAGGAGCUCGAGCGCCAGAAGGCCGAGCUCCAGCAGGAGGUAGAGAAGCUCGCUUCGGAGAACGCCAGCAUGAAGGUCGAGCUCGAUGCCCUGCGCUCCAAAUAUGAGGCACUGCAGAGCUUCGCCAGGACUGUGGCUCGUGCUCCUGCGGUGCCCAUCGCCAACACGCCUGUUCCUGUCUCCGCCCGCGGGUCUCUGGCCUCCGUCAUUGGGCCGCUUGUACCGGGGAAGGUGGGCGCCACCAGCGUCAUCACGAUAGUCAAGUCCAAAACAGAUGCUAGGUCUUAGUACAGGCCAGUGAGGAGAGAGAGAAAGGAGGAGGGGUGAGUGAGAGAGAAGAGAGAAAGGGGCUUGGUCAGUGCAUCACGAUUUAGGCACGGGACAGAUUCAGUAAGAGGUCAAAUUGGUGCAAAUUGUUCCAGAUUUCUUUGAGAUGGAGCCUGACAUGGAGGACUGGUGUCCUCAACACACCCUCCUACUUCCACUUGAAUUGGUCAGUACAGUAUCUUUCUGUAGACACACUUCCAAACCAAAAUCACCAUCAAGGACAGUUAGGACGACUGGGCUUCCAGAAAAAUGAGAAUUUGAAAAAGAAGCAGCAAAACUGUUUGUUUAGUCCCUCAUGACUGCAAUGAGUGCUGGAUUUAUAGUCUUUAUAUUUUACUGUGUUUUUUUUUGUAUGAUAUUGUUGGACUUUAGGGCCCAAGUGUAUUUUUUUUUUUUUUUUUCUUCUGAUUUGUAUGCACUAUUUGAAAUUCAUUGUGUUGCUGUUUUGUACUUCCAUUCUUUUCUUGUGUCAGAGAACUCGGUCACAAAGCAGACGUACACUUUGUACACUUUCAGUCUCCACCUUGUGCUUAUAAACACAAGGACGUGGAAUAAAGACGAGGCUGUUUUUUAUUUUUUACAAGAAAUCCUAUAAAGCCGGGUUAGUUAGGAAAGAGAGCUUGUCCAGGACCCACAUGUCUGACGUAUUGUGGAGUAUUAGUGUUCUUCCUGUGUUUAUACUGACCCUGCACUGGCGUAUCUCCUACUCUGAGAUGCUUCCAGUACUGAACACGCUCUACUCUUCACGCUUUUGCGUCCCUUUACCGUUGCCUAAUGUCGUGCACUGACCAGCCACUGCUGAAAAGUGAGAUGAGACGAGAGGAGAAUGAGAGGAUAUGAUAUUCGUAUGGUAGCUAUCAGGAUAUCUGAGACCAGUUUAUGUGAUUGGGUAGUCCUUUUUUUCAUAAGAAAUUUUUAAACAAAGGAUUUGUUUCUUUUAUAACAGAAGCUUAUUGGCAAGGCAAUAAGAUCUUUAUGUUGUGGAAUGUCAAACUGCUGAUUUAGUUUCAUUUGUGGAGCUCAUGAAAUUUUGUCGUGUUUUUAUGCUGGCAAAACUAUAUUUUCUCUAUAUAUAUCUUUGUUGAUUACAAAGUGUUAGCCUUUUAUUAUUAUUAUUAUUAUUAUUAUUAUUAUUAUUAUUAUUAUUAGUGUGUCUUAUGCUUCCCAAUAACUCCAGAGAGACUCAUUCUCUUCUUAUUUUGUCCACUUUACCAAAUAGACAAAAUCAGAAAAAGAUUGCUCUUAAAUAAAAAAUAAAUAAAUAAAAAAGACAUUUGAAAAGGGGACUAUCCGGUUGCAUAAACCGGAAAUCUCUCACAAGCUUUACCAUAAAAUCUGUCGCUGUGACGUUGCGUAACGUAUUAUAAGAUUCUUUGUCUAUAUGGUGGAGUCUUGAAUUUUAUAUUUAAAAAAAUCACACAUAGAGUAUCUUGCAUUAUUUAUAAAACAUUUAAAAAAAAAAAAAAAGAAUUAUAAAGUUGUUUGAUAUCUCUCUUUUUUGCAAUUGUACCAAAAGUGGCUUAACUAUUGAAGUUGAUAGCUUUUUCUAGUGACUAGGCGCGUAAAACUGUGGACUAGCGCGUGUGGUGUGAUGUGUAAGUGAUAAGGUGAUGGUACUGUUCACUGUUUUUGGAUGUGAUGCUCUUUUGUUAUUAUUAUUUUUUUUUUGCCCAAACCCAGGUGAUGGACACACGUUACCCACAAUCCUUCAGUUUUUUUUCCUCCUCCCUGGUGCAGCUGAUUUGACACACAGCCUGUACUGAGUUCAAACGUCAGAGGUCUUUUUAUGAAAAUUUUUAUAAACUGGUUUAGACUGUGUUUUUGAUGGUUGGCUUAUCCUGUCAGGAACAGCAGCGAGUGUUCGGCUUGUCUGCAGUGUGUGAAAGCGGUCCCGGGCGGCUUAAAGUGUAGCAGCAGUGUCGAGUGCUUUUGCACUUGAAUGCCGAAGGGACCGGACACGGUUUCCUUGACAUCAGCAACACUGGUUCUUUGUGCCCCAUUUAGUAACAACUAUUCUUACUCUUUGUAUUCGUUAUAAAGUAAAGCGAGUUAAGGAAGAAGACAAAUUCUCAGGAAAGUGGAUCUACAGUGAGGGUUUGUGGGAUGCGUGUUAAAGAUCCUGUGGUCUUAUCACCUCUGUUUGAGAGUCCUUUUUUAGUGACGUGUGAUUUUUUUUAUAUUUUGGUGUAAACUGUUUCUAUGGUAGAUUCUAUUUAAUGUAUUCUGUUUUCAUUUUUUGUCAUUUUGUUUUGAAAUGCCAGGGAAGUGACACUGCACUGAUUUUCAA